UCUUUAUGUCAUAUAAAAACUGAAACCAAUGUUCAAACUUCAGAACCGAAUUUAAAGCAAAUACUAAGUAGGAAACUUCAGAGCGAUAGCUUCGACCUCAUUAUCUGAAGCUGGUCAUUGUACACGUUUCAUUCAACUUACUGGAUAUCGGAUAGUUUCAGAUUAAUUUUACUAUCGAUGAAUAUGGCUUUCCUUAUCAAUGUAAUCCGAGUUCUUGUUCAAAGGCUUCAUACAAACUAUGGACCGGAAAUUCGAAAAUUAAGAAAAGCCGUAAAAGCAGCUAUCCUUUUAAUGCCAUUAUUAGGAAUUACAAAUUUCAUUGUACUUUUACCAGAACCAAAGCAUCCUUUGGGUUUUUUUAUUGUUUCUGGAAUACGUCGAGUGUUGCCAACAUGGCAGGGAUUUAUUAUAUCUAUGAUAUAUUAUUUUAUGAAUAAAGAUGUUCAAAGGUGUAUACAAAUGUCAAUUCGAAAAUUUAAAUCAAAAUAUCAAAUGAGGCAAUCCCGUUUCAUUUCAUCUUCUCUACCUAUAACAACUAUACCAACAACAAACUCUGUAUAA